AUGACUGUGCGUGGCGCCUGCCAGUGCAGUUGGGGGACACCAGCACCACCGCUUUUGGUAUUUGAUAGUGUAGAGGCCGCGCAGGCCGGUGCAACUGCUGCUGCAGCGUCUGCUUCCACCGGUGGCACCGAAGGCACGUGUAAUGAAAAGAACGCGAAUAGUGCGGAUACGAGGGGAUCUGGACAGGUGGUUGCGUUGACUGAUGGAAAGGCGCCGUGGGUUGAGUUGCGGGAGCAGAGGCGCUUGACGCACAUUGCAAUCGUGAGUAAUGCCAGGGUUGUAGAGUUGCAUACGGACGGCUCGGAAGUCCAGACACAUGAAGGAGCUAGCGCCGUUGCCAGUGGUGAGGUUGCUGUAACUGCUGUUGUCGGGGGGUUGAGCCGCGACGCGCGCUAUUUCCAUUUCAUCGACUGUUGUGUGGUUCCUGGUGAGCGGGUGCAGUUGAAGUUCUUCGCAAGGAAACCGAAGGACGCGAUCCAUAUCGUCGCAAUAUGUGUUUCAGGAGUCGAAGAGACGCCACUGCCAGAGCUGACCCCAACUGGUGGGUAUUCCGAUAACUCUAAUUACGGAGCUGGAACCAGCGGUCAAACGGCGGCGCUCGAAACCCGAUUGCAAGAGCUUGAGAUGAUGGUGCGAAUGAUGGUGGGGACGGUGAUGCGACGAUUGAAUGACGUGGAGGCGCGGGUGGCCGCACUGGAGGAGCGGGCAAACGAGUAA